CAUCGAAGAGCCAUGGCCGAGAAUAGGCAGGCAUCGGGCAAGCCCCACGAGGAGGAGGAGGAGGUGCCCGCCUUCUUCAAAAACCUGGGCUCCGGCAGCCCCAAGCCCCGGCAGAAAUUCUGCGGCAUGUUCUGCCCAGUGGAAGGCUCCUUGGAGAACAAGACCAUCGACUUCGACUCCCUCUCGGUGGGACGCGGCUCAUCGAGCAAGAUCGUGGCCAAGCAGAAGGACGUGGCCCACCUCGGACCGGAGAGUCCGUCCCUCGGCUCGUGGCAGAGCAGGAAGGGAGGGCAGCCAUCUGUUGAUUUCGGGAGGAAGGUGGAGAUCCGGAGAGCCACGGGCAAGGAGGCGUUGCAGAACCUGAAUGACAAGAGUGAUCGCCUUUUGAUCAAGGGUGGUAAAAUAGUUAACGAUGACCAAUCUUUCUAUGCAGACAUUUACAUGGAAGAUGGGUUGAUAAAACAAAUAGGAGAGAACUUGAUUGUGCCGGGCGGAGUGAAGACCAUCGAGGCUCAUGGCCGGAUGGUGAUCCCUGGAGGGAUCGAUGUCCACACUCGCUUCCAGAUGCCUGACCAGGGGAUGACCUCUACCGAUGACUUCUUCCAAGGAACGAAAGCCGCGCUGGCUGGAGGCACCACAAUGAUCAUUGACCAUGUUGUUCCUGAGCCAGGCAACAGUUUGCUGUCUGCGUUUGACCAGUGGCGAGAAUGGGCGGACAGCAAGUCCUGCUGCGAUUACUCUUUGCAUGUGGACAUCACAGAAUGGCAUAAAGGGGUUCAGGAGGAGAUGGAAGCCUUGGUAAAGGACCAUGGAGUGAAUUCCUUCUUGGUGUACAUGGCCUUCAAGGAUCACUUUCAACUAACGGAUUCUCAGAUAUACGAGGUCCUGAGCGUGAUCCGUGACAUUGGUGCCAUAGCCCAGGUCCACGCUGAGAAUGGUGAUAUCAUUGCUGAGGAGCAGCAAAGGAUCUUGGAACUGGGCAUCACUGGUCCUGAGGGCCAUGUGUUGAGCAGGCCUGAAGAGGUCGAGGCUGAAGCCGUGAACCGAGCGAUCACCAUUGCCAACCAAACCAACUGCCCCUUAUAUGUCAGCAAAGUGAUGAGCAAAAGUGCAGCUGAAGUUAUUGCUCAGGCCAGGAAAAAGGGCACUGUGGUGUAUGGGGAGCCCAUCACAGCAAGCUUGGGCACUGAUGGUUCUCACUACUGGAGUAAAAACUGGGCCAAAGCAGCUGCUUUUGUCACCUCUCCACCACUGAGCCCUGACCCAACUACUCCGGACUUCCUCAAUUCUCUGCUGUCCUGUGGUGAUCUCCAGGUUACUGGCAGUGGCCACUGUACCUUCAACACUGCCCAGAAAGCUGUUGGGAAGGACAACUUUACUCUGAUCCCCGAAGGAACCAAUGGAACUGAGGAGAGGAUGUCCAUCAUCUGGGAUAAAGCUGUGGUGACUGGCAAGAUGGAUGAGAACCAGUUUGUAGCUGUGACUAGUACCACUGCAGCCAAAAUCUUCAACCUGUAUCCACGGAAGGGACGCAUUGCUGUGGGCUCUGAUGCUGACCUGGUGAUCUGGGACCCAGACAGUGUCAAGACAAUCUCUGCCAAGACUCAUAACAUAUCUGUGGAGUACAAUAUCUUUGAAGGCAUGGAAUGUCGUGGGUCACCACUGGUGGUCAUCAGCCAAGGGAAGAUAGUCCUGGAGGAUGGUAACCUUCAUGUAACUGAGGGCUCUGGACGAUACAUUGCCAGGAAACCCUUCCCUGACUUCGUUUACAAGCGCAUCAAGGCAAGGAGCCGGCUGGCUGAGCUGAGGGGUGUCCCUCGUGGACUGUACGAUGGCCCGGUGUGCGAAGUUUCGGUGACACCGAAAACGGUCACGCCAGCGUCCUCGGCAAAGACGUCUCCGGCGAAGCAGCAGGCGCCUCCUGUUCGGAACCUGCACCAGUCUGGAUUUAGCUUGUCUGGUACAUACCUAUGUGCACAAAUUGAUGAUAAUAUUCCACGCCGUACCACGCAGCGCAUAGUGGCGCCACCCGGUGGCCGUGCCAAUAUCACCAGCUUGGGUUAAAAAAACAAAACAUGGGGGGGGGGGGGAAACAUGGCCGCUUAGCGGCACAUGGAAGAGGGUGGGGCACUUGAAGACCCUUUUUUGAUUCUUUUAGAGCCUGUGAUGGUUACUGUGGGCAACUGUGGGUUACUGUGGGUUAAGGCUUAAUGGAGGCCUCAGUCUCCCUCAGCCCCCUUUGUUGUCAAUCUCUCUCCCCACACCCUCACUGUCGUCACAGAACGUAUUCACUUCCCCAUUCCGGCACAUUUGGGAACAACCCUCUCUGUUUUUGACACAUGCGAGAUGCGAAAAAGGCAAACAUUGAAGAGUAGAACUUGGGCUUAUUGUGACCAUUAACAUCUUUUCCUUUUUUAUUAUUUUUUUUAUUUUUCCCUUUUUUUAUUUUUAUUUUUUUUAAAAAAGGAAGGAUAAAGUGAAUUUCUUGGGAGCUGCCUCUUCCGUUUUACUUUUCCGGGUUUUUUAAAUAAAUAAAUAAAUAAAUGAAGGCAUGGGAUUAACUGUUGAAAGAAGGAGGAAAGGGACUAAGCUGGAUGUUUGCGAAACUGGAUUUGCGGCCGUGCAGCUUAAAAUGGGACACAAGAAUAAUGAUCCAGAUGAUGCCUGUUUCUACCCUCCUUUCCAGUUCAAGGAAGGUAGAGCGCGUGCUGCUAAGGUUUCAGUCCAGGAGUAGUGGGGAGCAGGGGGCGGGGCGGGAAUAUAUCCCAUCCUGGUUUGGGUCUCUUAAUACUUCUAAACCUUUCUGGAAUUGAAGGAUUGUUUGUCUUCCUUUUUGUAUUUUUUGGUGUCUCUGUGUGUGUAUGUGUGCACUUGCUCCUGCAUGUUGUGUUGUGUUCUGUUUUGAGAUGCCUUAUUUUGGAAUUGAGAUCAUCCUUCAUCUUUCCUACUCACUACAGUCCUGGGGUCCCUGUCACAGAAUCUGUAGGUCGCCGGUAGUAUUCAGACAUUCACGAUUCUUGGGCCGACUUGACCUUGGUUUUUUGUGGGGAGUCCAAACGAUGAUAAAGUGGUUUCCUGUUGUUCUUCUCCUAAGGCUACCAGAUUCUGGAUAGACUGGGUCACCUGUCAUUGGUACCAUGAAAUCUCCAUCAGUUGGAGACAGCCUCUCAAGAGAUCAUUCCAAACCACCCACUUCUUGUGGGUCUUUGAAGGGUUGAGACCUAAAAUCAGAAGAUCUAGCCAAGGAGUAUGCUGCCAAAUGACCCCCACUUUAUUUUAUUUCAAUAUCUCCUGGCUUUGAGGGACCUUUGGGUGGGGGGAAGCAAUCCAUUUAAAACGCAUGAGGCUCAAUCCAGUCAUACCAUGGAUGCAGAGGUCAUGACGAAGCCUGGAUUCCAGCCCCCUCUCUCGUGCAUGCACUGUACCAAGCUCAUACAGGCGGUGGGAGGCCUGUGUGCACCUCUCUUCUUCCUUCCCUUUCCACACAGUCAAGGAACGCAGUCUCGGAGAUCGAGCUUCUUGACUAAGUGGCAAAGA